ACCGCCACCAGACCCAGAACUCCGAGCUAGGGAGAGAGGGAGGGAGAUGGAUCGCGAGCACGAAGCAGAGGAGCACGAAGAUUACGGCGGCGAAAUCCCCGACGAAGGAGAAAUCGAGGGCGACGUCGACAUGUCUUCCGGUGCCGAUGCUGAUUACUACGAAGACGACUCCGCCCCCAAUUCCAGCUCCAAGGAGUUGGAGGACAUGAAGAAGCGGCUCAAGGAGAUCGACGAAGAGGCUGGCGCUCUACGCGAGUUGCAGGCUAAGGUCGAGAAGGAGAUGGGAGCUGUCCAAGAUUCCUCUAGCACCUCUGCAACUAUGGCUGAGAAGGAGGAGGUUGAUUCACGCUCAAUUUAUGUUGGCAAUGUAGACUAUGCAUGUACUCCUGAGGAAGUUCAACAGCACUUCCAAUCCUGUGGAACGGUUAACAGAGUUACAAUCUUAACAGACAAAUUCGGUCAGCCCAAAGGAUUUGCUUACGUCGAGUUUGUCGAAAUUGAUGCUGUUCAAAAUGCUCUCUUACUCAAUGAAUCUGAAUUGCAUGGUCGCCAGUUAAAGGUAUCUGCUAAGCGAACUAACAUUCCUGGAAUGAAACAAUACCGAGGAAGGCGACCCAAUCCGUUUGGUUUUCGAUCUCGGAGGCCAUUUGUCCCGGGUGCUCCAGUUUAUUCUCCUUAUAGUUAUGGGAGGGUACCAAGGUUUCGGCGGCCGAUGAGGUACAGGCCAUACUGAUCUCGUUUGGGGUGGCUAAGAUGGCAUCAACGACCAUGGGCUCUGGAGUUGUAGCAGUUAUUGUACUAUUUGUGUGAACCAAAUUCAUGUGGCGAUUUGCCUGGAUAAGGUCCUUGAAUUUUUCUCUCUAAUUUGUGGUCCAUGGAGGAACUGUUUAUUUACAUUUCAGAGGAAGAUAGUAAGCAACAGGGACUGUUUUACAUUAGAGAAGAACAUUCUAAUUUCCAUAUGGAUAGUUUGUUACUUUUACUUAGCAUUCUGAGGAUGGAAAAUGUUUAUUUCAUGUAA